UUCCUUACCUUGCCCAGGAAGUAAACAACUUUCUUUCUCACUUUAUUUUUACUUUUCCUAUUAUUAUCACAUUUUUAUUGAAUUUUUAUUGAAUAUCAUUGAUCUCUGUGUCUGUCCCAAAUUCACAAUGCCUGAAGACACAUUGAUGACCGAGUCUCCCCAAACACCACCGACCAUCUACCUCGCCGGACCGCCGGAGAUUCACAACUCCGGUGAAAACCCAGCUCUCGAUUCCUUCAAUUCAACCAGCCCCCCUCUGCGCAAAGGCUUCACUCGAGGCCUUUCACGCACCUACCUCACUUCUUCCAACCCAUGUCUUGAUUUCUUCUUCCAAGUUGUUCCGUCCACUCCCAAACAUACUUUGAUCACUUAUCUCGAGUCUUCUUGGGGGUUUGACCCGUUGACUACUUUGAAACUUGUUUGUAAUCUUCGUGGGGUGAGGGGUUCUGGGAAGGGGAAUAAGGAGGGGUUUUAUGCUGCCUUGUUGUGGUUGCAUUGUUUUCAUCCCAAGACGCUUGUGAGAAACGUGGAGGCCUUGGUGGGGUUUGGGUAUUUUAAGGACUUGCCCGAGAUUUUGCAUAGGUUGGUGCAGGAUGCUGAGUGGUUUGAGAGGAAGGAGUUUGGGCUUAAAAAGAAGGCGGCGAGGGCUAAGGAUGGGGAUAGUGUGAAAUGGAGGAUGCCGAGGAAGGGGACGCGUAUCGGGAGAGGUGGGGGUGAUCCGGAUGGGUGGGGGAUGGAUAGGCCUUUUUGUUUGGAUGUUGAUGAGAUUAAGAGGAGGGGUGAUGAUGUGUUGCGGAGGAGGACGAGAGAGGCUAGGGUUUUUGCUGAGAAGAAGAAAAUUGAGAAGCAGAUGAGGAAGGCCAAGGAGGUUAGGGAGGAGAAGAAGGUUGUUAUGUCGAGGAAAGCUGUUAUGAGGUAUGUGCGUGAUCCGGAUUAUAGGAUUUUGUAUGAGACUAUUUCUGGUUUUUUUGCUGAUUGUCUUAAGAUGGAUAUGAAAUUGCUUGAAUCGGGGAAAUUGAAUGGGAUUAGUUUGGCAGCAAAGUGGUGUCCGUCUUUGAAUUCGUGUUUUGAUAAGUCUACGUUGUUGUGUGAGAGUAUAGCUAGGAAGGUUUUUCCGAAAGAAAUGUAUGAUGAAUAUGAGGGAUUGGAGGAUGCACAUUAUGCGUAUCGUGUGCGUGAUAGGUUGAGGAAGCAAGUUUUGGUUCCUUUACGGAAAGCUUUGCAAUUGCCUGAAGUUUAUAUGGGGGCGAGUGAGUGGGGUUCCAUCCCUUAUAAUCGAGUGGCCUCAGUUGCAAUGACAAAUUACAAGGAGAAGUUCUUGAAGCAUGAUAUGUUGAGGUUUAAUGAGUAUUUGGAGAAUGUUAAGUCCGGAAAGGCCACUAUUGCGGCUGGUGCAGUGCUUCCUCAUAAGAUAAUAGCGGCGUUAAACGAUGGGGAUUCAGGUGAAGUGGCGGAGCUUCAGUGGAAAAGGAUAGUGAAUGAUCUGUCCAGCAAAGGAAAAUUGAAGAAUUGUAUUGCAGUGUGUGAUGUUUCAAGUAACAUGGAAGGUAUUUUCUUGGAUGUAUGCUUGGCUCUUGGUGUUUUAGUAUCUGAGCUGAGUGAGGAGCCUUGGAGCGGGAAACUUAUUACGUUUAGCACCAAUCCCAAGCUUGAGAAAGUUGAAGGGGAGGAUUUGAGAUCUAAGGUUGAUUUCAUGAGGCGCCUGAAUGUGGAAUCGAACACUGAUUUCCAAAAAGUGUUUGAUGUGAUACUCAAAGUGGCUGAGAAAGGAAAUUUGAAAGAGGACCAGAUGAUUAAGAAAAUAUUUGUGUUCAGUAGUAUGGAAUUUGAUAACAUCUCAGAGAACAUUUGGGAAACGGAUUACCAGGCCAUUACCAGGAAGUAUACAGAGAAAGGUUACGGUUCUUGUGUGCCAGAGAUUGUAUUCUGGAAUCUGACAGAUUCAAAGGCCACACCAGUUCCAAGUGACAAGCCAGGGGUCGCACUGGUUAGUGGAUAUUCAAAAAACCUAAUGACUCUGUUUUUAGAGGAUAGAGGUACUCUGACCCCUGAGAGUGUUAUGGAAGUGGCUAUUGGUGGUGAGGAGUACAGCAAGCUUGUUGUGGUGGAUUAAUCUACAACAUGUUUCUCCUAUUGCACUUGAGUUCUUUUGUAUGCUCUCCUUUAUGUUCUUUCUAUAAUAAGCUUUCCAGCUUGGUUAUGAGUAGUAGAAAAACACAGGCUGAGAUGAUACAGAAGUGGGUGAUACUAAUAUAAUAUAUCAUAUGUGAUCUUAGUUUCAUCGUGAUUAUAUUUACAUUGGAGGAUAAUUAUCAUUGAACUUGAUAAAUUCGAUUUA